AUGUCAUCGGAUACACUUAAAUUUGAUGAGAAAACGGAAGCUGAGAAGCCAUUGUUUGAUUGUGAUUUUGGGACUUCCUAUAGUCCCAGAGUCUCGUACCACUUCAAUUCGAAGGUAUCACAAUAUCAUUACGGUGUCAAGCAUCCAAUGAAACCUUUUAGGCUUAUGCUUACCGACCAUUUGGUUUCGGCAUACGGGUUACACAAAGUGAUGGACUUAUAUGAGACGAGGUCAGCAACAAAGGAUGAGUUAACAAAAUUUCAUUCUGAGGACUAUGUCAAUUUCUUAGCGAAGGUAACACCAGAUACAUUGAAUAAACUUCCUCGAGGGUCACUCGAGAAAUUCAACAUUGGUGACGAUUGUCCUAUCUUCCAAGGAAUGUUUGAUUAUGCUGCCUUAUAUGCUGGGGCAUCGUUAGAUGCUUCUAGAAAGCUACUUAAUGGUCAGAGUGAAAUAGCUAUCAAUUGGUCUGGUGGUCUACAUCAUGCGAAAAAGAACAAUCCAUCUGGUUUCUGUUACGUUAACGAUAUCGUGUUAGCCAUAGUAAAUCUACUGCGGUAUCACCCGAGAGUGUUAUACAUCGAUAUAGAUUUGCACCAUGGUGACGGUGUACAGGAAGCGUUUUACACUACUGACCGUGUGUUCACUGUUUCAUUCCAUAAGUAUAACGGCGAAUUCUUUCCAGGUACAGGUGAUUUGGAUGAGAUAGGUUGCUCCAGAGGUAAGCAUUUUGCAUUGAACGUUCCGUUACAAGAUGGGAUCGAAGACGACUCAUACAUUAAUUUAUUCAAAAGCAUUAUUGAUCCCGUAAUAACAUCUUUUCGGCCCAGUGUAAUUAUUCAGCAAUGUGGUGCCGACUCCCUUGGCCACGAUAGACUUGGCUGUUUUAACUUAAAUAUCAAGGCUCAUGGUGAAUGUGUACGGUUUGUCAAGUCGUUUGGAGUACCAAUGCUUGUGGUUGGAGGUGGUGGUUAUACACCAAGAAAUGUUUCAAGAUUGUGGACGUAUGAAACAGGAUUAUUAAAUGGGGUAUUGCUACAACCUAAACUUCCAGAAGGUAUUCCAUUUAGAGAUUGGUUUGGCCCAGAUUAUUCAUUACAUCCAACACUAGAUGACUUGUAUGAAAACAAAAAUUCCAAGAAAUUUCUUGAAAAUAUACGGAUUAGAUGUUUGGAGAACAUCAAAUACUUACAGGGUGCCCCAAGUGUUCGUAUGGAUGCAGAACUCAUCCCAACACAGGACAUCACUGGCCUAACUGAAGAAGAAGAGGAACUGAUAAAAGAGUUAAAUGUCGAAGAGGACAAGGCUAGGUUGGCACAAAUGGAGAAGGAUGACUUUAAAGUGGGCGAACUAUACUAA